GAGCGACACCACCUAACCCGGAAGUGCGACGCGUCCCACGGGCGGUUGUUGUUGAAUUCUUUGAGGGGGUGCACUUUGAAUCCCCUUUCCGCGCCCCACCUAAUUCUCUGCCUAACUCUGUCCGCGUGACCGGGACGCGAGGAUCUUACCGUCUCCAGAACAUGAGGCUGGAUUUGUGAUUUAGACUACCGAGUCCGGGUGCACACGUGGUUAUUUGAUCACAGCGCCAAAUUUCCUCCUUGGAGUUUUAUCGCUGGUUUUCGGAUUUCACUUGUCUUAUAAGGGGAUGCUACUUUGAGUCCUGUAAUCACUGAAUUUCAAGAUCGCGGCACGGCCUGUUUUCUCUGGGAAUAACAAUCUUUGCUGUGAACUCAUGGUUUAAGUGGGCAUAAAGAUGAGUAUAAGCAGUGAUGAAGUUAACUUCUUGGUGUACAGAUAUCUACAAGAAUCAGGAUUUUCCCAUUCAGCAUUUACUUUCGGUAUAGAGAGCCAUAUCAGCCAGUCUAAUAUCAAUGGUGCCCUGGUGCCACCAGCUGCUUUAAUCUCUAUCAUUCAGAAAGGCUUGCAGUACGUGGAGGCUGAAGUUAGCAUUAAUGAGGAUGGCACCUUGUUUGAUGGCAGGCCGAUUGAGUCUCUGUCCCUGAUUGAUGCGGUUAUGCCUGAUGUGGUGCAGACAAGACAGCAGGCAUACAGAGACAAACUUGCACAGCAACAAGCUGCUGCUGCCGCCGCCGCCGCUGCUGCAGCCGCCGCUGCUGCCGCCACAACAAACAACCAACAGCCAUCAACAAAGAAUGGUGAAAAUGCAGCUAACGGGGAGGAGAAUGGAGGGCAUGCACUAGCAAAUAACCACACAGAUAUGAUGGAAGUUGAUGGAGAUGUUGAAAUUCCUUCUAGCAAGGCGGUGGUAUUACGUGGUCACGAGUCAGAAGUGUUUAUCUGUGCCUGGAACCCAGUUAGUGAUCUACUAGCCUCAGGGUCAGGCGAUUCAACAGCCCGGAUAUGGAAUCUUAGUGAGAAUAGCACUAGUGGGUCAACGCAGCUUGUGCUUCGACACUGUAUUCGAGAAGGAGGACAAGAUGUUCCAAGCAACAAGGAUGUAACCUCUUUAGAUUGGAAUAGUGAAGGAACACUUCUAGCAACUGGAUCAUAUGAUGGCUUUGCCAGAAUAUGGACUAAAGAUGGAAAUCUUGCAAGCACCUUGGGGCAACAUAAAGGACCCAUAUUUGCAUUGAAAUGGAACAAGAAAGGAAACUUUAUUCUGAGUGCAGGAGUAGAUAAGACAACAAUUAUUUGGGAUGCACACACAGGAGAAGCAAAGCAGCAGUUUCCUUUCCAUUCUGCACCAGCAUUAGAUGUGGACUGGCAAAGUAACAAUACUUUUGCAUCAUGUAGUACAGAUAUGUGCAUCCAUGUCUGUAAGUUGCAGCAAGACAGGCCGAUAAAAACAUUCCAGGGACAUACUAAUGAAGUGAAUGCAAUAAAAUGGGAUCCUACUGGCAACCUUCUGGCGUCCUGUUCUGAUGAUAUGACAUUAAAGAUCUGGAGUAUGAAGCAAGACACUUGUGUUCAUGAUUUGCAAGCACACAACAAAGAGAUUUAUACCAUUAAGUGGAGCCCCACUGGGCCGGGAACAAACAAUCCAAACGCUAAUCUGAUGUUGGCAAGUGCAUCAUUUGAUUCUACAGUUAGAUUGUGGGAUGUGGAUAGAGGAAUCUGCAUUCACACGCUGACCAAACAUCAGGAGCCAGUGUACAGUGUAGCCUUUAGCCCUGAUGGGCGAUACCUGGCCAGUGGUUCCUUUGAUAAAUGUGUACACAUCUGGAACACACAGACGGGUGCAUUAGUUCACAGCUAUCGGGGAACAGGGGGAAUAUUUGAGGUUUGUUGGAAUGCAGCAGGGGACAAAGUUGGAGCAAGUGCGUCAGAUGGUUCAGUUUGUGUAUUAGACCUACGAAAAUAGCGCUACUGGUUGGAAGCCAUGGACCGACUAUGAAUGUGUACAUAGCCAAAAUGACUGUCCCUGACCCAUGUACUGCUAUAGUCCCACUUAACCAUGGCCAGUCCACUACAGCCAAACCGAAAUUUAACCUGUACAUGACUCUUUAAAAUUGAAAAUCCCUGCAAAAAUGUUGCACCUCCAAAGAGGACAAUGGUCUAAUGUCAUGUUUGGUGACUAUCUGUGCACUGGAAUCUGCUUUUCCCAAACAAGAUCUGUACAGAAAGAGAAGAGGUUUGGACAUGCACGCACAGAGAACAUAAAUGUACCAAAUUUGGAAGAUGAUAAAUAACACAAUCAACAUUUUUACUUUCAUCCCAAA